AUGUCUUCCGAAAAGAGACCCGCGUCUGACGACCCAGGUGCUAGCCAGAUGAUCGUCAAGAGGCAGAAACCCGGCACCAGCACUGCGCUUUCAAGGCGAGAUGGUACCAAUAGUGGCGCGUUGGUCCAGUCUGCUCCACGAACGAGCAAUCUCGAAGCUCCGGUGAUGAAGCUUACUGGUCACUCGGGUGAAGUGUUCUCUGCCAAGUUCAACCCUCUAGGCAACUUGAUCGCCUCGGGAUCUAUGGAUAGGAGUAUAUUGCUCUGGUAUUCCUCGGGUGUAUGCGAAAACUACGGCGUAUUGAACGGCCAUCGUGGUGCAGUGUUGGAUCUACAAUGGUCACGCGACUCCGAAAUACUAUAUUCGGCCUCGGCCGAUAUGCAUCUUGCCAGUUGGGACCUAAGCGCCGGAACUAGGAUUCGACGAUAUGUUGGGCACGAAGAAAUAAUCAACUCGAUGGAUAUCAGCAAACGAGGCGAAGAACUGUUGAUCAGUGGCAGUGACGAUGGGACUAUUGGCAUCUGGGACCCUCGGACGAAGCACGCCGCCGACUACAUCGAGACGGAGUUUCCAAUCACCGCGGUCGCAGUAGCUGAAGCGGGCAAUGAGAUAUACUCUGGUGGAAUUGACAACGACAUCAAAGUCUGGGACAUGCGGAAGAAAGCGGUGGUCUAUUCGAUGCUGGGUCACAAUGACACGGUCACCAGUUUGCGCAUAUCACCCGACUCGCAAUCUCUCCUUUCCUACUCCCACGACUCAACCGCCAAGACAUGGGACAUUCGACCUUUUGCGCCGACCGAGCGACACAUUCGUACCUUCGACGGAGCACAGAUGGGCAUAGAGAAGAACCUGAUCCGCGCAAGCUGGGAUAGUAUGGGCAAGAAAAUUGCCGUCGGCGCCGGUGACGGCACUGUCGUCAUCUGGUCGAAUGACAACGGCAAGCUUCUCUAUAAACUGCCUGGUCACAAGGGUACCGUCAACUGCGCAGAAUUUGCGCCUGGUAACGAGCCAACCAUCUUGUCUGCCUCCUCUGAUCGCGAGAUGUUGCUUGGUGAGCUGCGAUGA